AAUGGCCAACUUAACUUAAGCCUACUUUAAUGGUGUGGCCAUUGAGUCAUGCGCAUGCGCAUGCCCAGGAGCAUGUGCACGCAUGUACACACACACACACACACACACACACACACACACACACACACACGCCCCUUCACUCAGAUGGUAGUACCCAGUGCUGUCCAACUCCCAAGCCGCACGCACCUAUUUCUUUUCCCUUUAUCCUUCCCUCCUUCAUCCAUCUUUUUAAAAACAAGCUGUAGUGGUUUGAAUGAGAAAUGGCUCCCAGAGUCUUGUGUAUCCCAACGCUUGCUCCCCGGUUUGCAGCACUGCUUAGGGAGGUUAUGGAACCUUACUCUAGAGCUAAGCUGGAGAAAGUGUGUCACUGGGGGGCAGGCUUCCGAGUUUUAUAGCCUCAACCCUCUUAUUGUUCUCUCUCUGCUUCUGGUGUAUGGAUGAAAUUGUGUCCGUAAGUUUCCAGCUCCUGCUGCCAUGGUAACCCUUAUCCACCGUGCUGGGGCCCAUCCUUCUGGAGUCAUAUACUAAGAACAUCUGAAGGGAAGGCUAGGUCACGCAGUGUGGAGAAGGACUCUGCCUACCUUUAGAGACCUUUGAAACUGCUCAGAGGGAUUUCUUUGUUCCACUGUGGAGUGUGGUUUUCAGGAUCCCUGGAUUCCAGUUGCCCAGAUCAUGUUCUCCAUACUCUCAAUUACACAGAUGCUAGAAAGCAACCGCUCACCUAAUAGACACGCUGGAUUUAUGAUGUCUUGGUUAUAAAGGAGCACAUUUGUUUGUGAGGAUAAAGAGGUACAUAGGGAAUAAAGGAGUACUCAGAAACAGCACCUCACAGACCCAAGUACCAACCCCGAGAUGGAGCUCAGGACUCAGGGAGAAGCCUCUUGGCGGUUCUCUUCCGUCUGUGAUAUCAGUUACUUUUCCGCUUGCCGUACCUGCAUACCUGAAGUGACCAACGUAAAGGAUGCUGCUGAUAAGGGAAGGAGCCCAUCACUAAUUAUCAAGGAGACUCAGAUUGAUGGAGUGAGCUUGCCACAGAACCUUCCAAGGGAUUAAUUGGAAAAAAAGAAGAAUAAGACUAAGACAGGAAAUAAGUACAAGUUCGGCGGUCAAAUUUAUGCCAGUUUGGAAGGAUUUAUAAAAGAGAUAAAUCAACAGGGAUUGGAAGGAAGGUACCAUCUAGAAAGAAUCAGAGACAUCAGAGACAUCUCAUAACAGUGUGGCCACAUGAGUAGCCUGCCUGAUUCCAGAGUGGCCCUGAUCAGGAGUGACCAUGUUCCGUAAUCUACCUAGAAGCUGGAUGCACCAUUUUUUGUCCAAUUCCCGAAUUGCCUGGUCAGCAGGGACUACGUCUCACGAGCUCCCGUGGCUGGCAGGGACCAAGUUUCCACUCCUCUUGGGUUUUUUCUUUGUUUUGUUUUGCUUUGUUUUUUUGUUUGGUUGGUUGGUUUUGUUUGUAUGCGCAGUAAAAGUAUGACAGCAUCUCUGAAGGUACAACAUACAUUUGUCCUAUAAAGAUCCGUAGAGAUUACGAGAAACCCAUAAAGAAACAAGCAUGCAGAGCAAGGAUCUCUAAAAACAGAAGAACCCAAUGUUUGGGAUCUGUUACUGUCCCUUUAAAUUGAUCUACAAGGCCCAGAUCAUAUUGCAUGUGUGGCAGGAACACCCAGAAGCCAUCACCUGAACACUGCCACCCACCCUUUGAAAACAGCUGGGUUAAGUUAGUGUGGACGUAACAGAAGACAGAAUGUACAAGCAGCACAAGCGAGAACAACCUGAGUCGCAUAUGCCUCAAGAAGGCAGGUAAAGGAGACCCCAUAGCCAGGUGCAGAAGUGUGCACACGGAGUGAACUUACAGGUCAAAGGGGGCAGAAAAUCCAGAUCACACAUUACACACCGCAAUACAUCUCUGCAUGUGUGUAUGGUCUUAACCAUGGGUGUGGGGAGGGCACGCCCUCAAGGAACAAAGAUGAAAGAAAGAUGAUCAUCUGGGCAGGAACACCAAAAUAUGUUCUCUCAUAUGCCUGAGCUGGGGUGCGUGUGUGUGUGUGUGUGUGUGUGUGUGUGUGUGUGUGUGUGUGUGUUAUAUGUCUGUGUGUGCAUGUGCAUGGGUUUAUUAUAUGUCCAUGUGUGUGUGUGCAUGUGUGUGUGUUAUAUGUCUGUGUGUGCAUGUGCAUGGGUUUAUUAUAUGUCCAUGUGUGUGUGUGUGCAUGUGUGUGUUAUAUGUCUGUGUGUGCAUGUGCAUGUGCAUGUGCAUGUGGACGGGUGUGUUAUAUGUCCAUAUGUAUGUAUGUGCAUGCAUGCAUGUGUGUGCGCUAUAUGUCCAUGUGUGCAUGUGUGUGUUAUAUGUCUGUGUGUGCAUGUGCAUGGGUGUGUUAUAUGUCCAUGUGUGUGUGUGCAUGUGUGUGUUAUAUGUCUGUGUGUGCAUGUGCAUGGGUGUGUUAUAUGUCCAUAUGUAUGUAUGUGCAUGCAUGCAUGUGUGUGCGCUAUAUGUCCAUGUGUGCAUGUGUGUGUUAUAUGUCUGUGUGUGCAUGUGCAUGGGUGUGUUAUAUGUCCAUGUGUGUGUGUGCAUGUGUGUGUGUUAUAUGUCUGUGUGUGCAUGUGCAUGGGUGUGUUAUAUGUCCAUAUGUAUGUAUGUGCAUGCAUGCACGUGUGUGCGCUAUAUGUCCAUGUGUGCAUGUGUGUGUGUUAUAUGUCUGUGUGUGCAUGUGCAUGGGUGUGUUAUAUGUCCAUGUGUGUGUGUGCAUAUGUGUGUGUUAUAUGUCUGUGUGUGCAUGUGCAUGUGCAUGGGUGUGUUAUAUGUCCAUAUGUAUGUAUGUGCAUGCAUGCACGUGUGUGCGCUAUAUGUCCGUGUGUGCAUGUAUGUGUUAUAUGUCUGUGUGUUAUAUAUCGGUGUGUGCAUGUGUGUUUUAUGUCCACAUGUGUGUGUAUGCAUAGAAGCCAGAGGACGACACUAGGUGCCCUAUUCUGACACUCUCUGCCUUAUUUUUAUAACACGGGGUCCCUCACUGAACCCGGAACUAAGUUGGCAGCCAGCAGCCCCCAGAAAUCAUCCUCUUUCCCCCAUGGCACUGGGGUCACAGUCAUGUGUGUAGCCAUGUCUAGCUUUUACAUGGGUGUGGAGCCCAAUCGAGGCCCUCGUGCCUGCACAGCAGGCACUUUACUGAUGAAACCAUCUCCCUAGCCCCUUCCAUGGCUCUCGAUGACCUUGCAUCCAUUGUGUGACACAUACCCAUGCUGAGAUAUAUUUCUGUGUGUAAUGUGUGAUCUGAAAGUUAAUACCAAUCAUUUAGACUGAGACACCUACGUUCGCCCCAGCCAAGGCUGUUAAGAGGUUACUUAAGCAGGUCUACUUGGAAAAUUAUUGCUAAGGAAACCAUUUCAUCUCAUAAAUUCAUGGCUACUCAAUAACUUCUGGCAUUGGAAAGACGCAGAUGUGUCCAUCUAUGUUUCUAACAUUCUGAACCCUCUCUCCAGCCCCAGAGCUCAUAGUCUCUCUUAAUGCAAUACCAGGAGUGGUAUAUUCUCAUUUUGUCAUAUUCUGUUGAUUAGAAUGUAAAGUCACAAGACUACAUAGCACUUGUGAAAGUUUUUAAAUCUGUGAAAGUGUAUGUAAAAUAAUGGCAUUGUAUUUAAAAGGAAAAAAAAAAGUAGGUGACCCAGUAGAAACUGACAACAUCCUAGAAAGCCAUUGUAGAAUAACCGUUUUUCUCUGGAUGGAAUGUCUCUAGAUCUAACCUAUAGAAGUCCUGGCCCUCAGCUGUGGCAAGGAAAUCGGUAGGAACAAUACAGCUGAUAUCAGGUCUGUGGUGAAAAUAAUGAGGCCGUUGGCAUUCCCUCUUGGAAGGGGGAAGAAGGGACAUGAGAGUCUCUUCUGAAACGCUGGUCAUCACUCCCUACUCCCAGUGCACAGUCCUGCCUCAGCUGUUGUGGAUAUGAGAGAUGUGCUCAGGUUCACAGGAAAUGGAAUCUUGCCUGGGAAUUGCAACUCUGCAGUAGCACAGCUGUUCAGAGUUGACUGUGCUGGAGGGUGGGACUUUCUGGAAGCCUAGCUAUCCUUGAAUCACCAUUGCUCCUGUAAUUACCCCAAUAAACUCAUUGAUUUACCAA